UUACUAGAGGAAAACAUAUUGUUUCUUUUUUUCAAAGUUUAAGUAAUUGAAAUAUGGAUGUAGCAGCUGGUGGCGGUUUCAAAACCGCUACGUCUCCUGUUCCAUAUCUCUUUGGUGGCAUAGCUUUCAUGCUUGCAAUUGCAACAUUUGCAUUAGUUAUUCUAGCUUGUUCUAGUCAAGAAAAUUCAUCAAAUACCCCUUCAACAAAUGAAGAGAAAUCUAUGAAGAAUGUGGAAAUGGUGGUGGAUUUAGAGCCUAAGAUUGUUGUCAUUAUGGCUGGAGAUAGUAACCCUACAUACUUGGCUAAACCUGUUUCAUCAACAUGCCAUAAUGAAGAAAUGGUUUAGAAGAAAGCAUCUUUUAAAAUUGUGAUUGUAUAAGAUGUG